AUGAAGGGUGCGCUUCUUUGCAGCUUGCUGGCCAGCACGGCUACGGCCCACAUGCAAAUGAUGAAGCCCUACCCCAUCCGCAGUCCAUUGAACAAGGAUGCCAAGGGCCAAAAGGACUAUUCAUACACCAACCCACUGCAAGCCUCCGGCUCAGACUACCCUUGCAAGGGCUAUGCCAAGGAUGAUUUCGACUCGCAGGCCACCUACCAGCAAGGCCAAUCCUACACGAUGGAGUUGGACGGCAGCGCAACCCACGAUGGUGGUUCCUGCCAACUUGCUCUGACAUACGAUCAAGGAGAGUCCUUCAAGGUCAUCGAGUCAAUGCUCGGUGACUGUCCGAUUGCCAAAAAGUAUGACUUCCAGAUCCCGUCUGAUGCUCCUGAUGGUCAGGCACUUCUUGCCUGGACCUGGUUUAACAAGGUCGGCAACCGUGAAAUGUAUAUGAACUGCGCUAUGGUCACCAUCGGCGGUAAUGCAAAUGCCAACGAGACCGAUGCCGAUGCCGAGACCCAGAGCACCAAGCACAGGCCCAACAAGCCUCAGGAGAAGAAGGUCUCUCACCCACCCAUGGCUCUGGCCGCCCACCAGGGCGAAAAGGCGAGCCAGCGUGGGGCCAAGUCCCAGAAGCAGCAGGCCAGCUUUGACAGUCUCCCUGCACUCUUCGUCGCCAACGUCGAUCAGGAGGGCAAGUGUGUGACCAUUGAGGGCGAGUCUGUUAACUUCCCAAAGCCUGGUGACAAUGUUGUGGGCCAGACUGAUGGAAAGGGCGAUGGUUACAAGUGCAGUGGCAGCGCUCCCUUCCUCGACAGCAGCAAGGAUACCAGUGACUCGACUUCCAAGGACAGCAAGGAUACUAGUGACUCGACUUCAAAAGACAACACCAACUCGAAGGUCGACAAGUCAACCAAGACUUCGACCCAAGACAAGGCCAACAAGGGUUCCAAGACCAACGCUGAUUCGACCCAGACCAAGACCAACACAGAUUCAAACAAGGCUAAGCCCACCGAUUCCAAGGAUUCCAAGGCCAACUCCAAGGACGCCAACAAGAACGCUACUCGCAGCACCCCUCAGUCCAUGUCCAAGGUUGCCCAAGCUUUUGGUACCUCCGGUGCUGCCGACCCCCGCGUCGUGGCCACCGAUGCUAGCACCAACAACGCUUUCUCCAGCUACGUUGGUGGCUUCACUUGCACAUCGGGCGAGAUUAUUUGCGCUCCUGAUGGAUACAGCUGGGCCAUGUGCUCCAACGGCGCUCCCAUCUUCAUGGGCUCUGUCGCUGCUGGCAUGACCUGCCGCCUUGGCGCCAUGGUCGCCGCUCCCUGGUAA